GACGGACGGCAGCCCCCCUUGACGCGCGCCGCUGAGCAGCCCUGCGAAAUGCCAAACUUUGCGGCCGCCUCGUCUACCGUUUCUCACGACCCCGGGCAUGGUGCUGGUCAAGAUGGCAUGCGUGUGCUGGAAUCUGCUGGUGCUCCACGCGUUUCUGGUCCACGGGGCGGAGAGAAGCUCCCCCAUCCUGAACGUUGCGGUCAUUUUGGGGAGGACUCCGAGCGUCACGGAAAGAGACCUCCGUGCUCUCAGCAGCCGGGAUGUGGCCGGGGGGCUCCCCACUGACGUGAACGUGGUGCCCCUCCUGAUCAACCAGACCGACCCCAAGAGCAUCAUCACCCACAUCUGCGACUUGAUCUCGGGCACCAAGAUCCACGGGGUGCUUUUCGGAGACGACAGCGGCCAGGAGGCCGUGGCCCAGAUCCUGGAUUUUAUCUCCGCCCAGACUCUGAUCCCCAUCCUGGGCAUCCACGGAGGCUCCUCCAUGAUCAUGGCAGAGAAGGAUGAGAUGUCGACCUUUUUCCAGUUCGGGGCCACCAUCCAACAGGAGGCCAUCAUCAUGCUGAAGUUCAUGCAGUACUACGACUGGCACAUAUUCUCUGUGGUGACCAGCAUUUUCCCUGGCUACCGGGACUUCAUCAGCUUCGUCAAGUACACCGUGGAGAACAGUUUUGUGGGCUGGGACAUGCAGAACGUGGUCACCCUCGAUGCGGCCAUCGGAGACGCCAAGUCCACCAUUCAGCUGAAGAAGAUCCACUCUUCGGUCAUCCUGCUCUACUGCUCCACGGACGAGGCCGCCUUCAUCCUGGACGAAGCCCGGUCCUUGGGCUUGACGGGCUACGACUUUUUCUGGAUUGUCCCCAGCUUGGUCAGCGGGAGCAUGGAAACCCCACCCGACAAUUUCCCAGCGGGGCUGAUUUCAGUGGCCUAUGACGGGUGGGACUACACUUUGGACGCCCGGAUCCGGGAUGGCCUUGGGAUUAUUACAACGGCCGCUGCAUCCAUGCUGCAGAAGUAUUCCUUCAUCCCGGAGGCCAAGACCAGCUGCUACGGGCAGUCGGAGUACAACGAGCAGCCCUCCCACAUGCUUCACAAGUUUAUGAUGAACGUGACUUGGAAAGGCAGAGACUUAUCCUUCACCACAGAUGGCUACCAAGCCCAGCCGCGGCUCGUGGUCACCGUCCUCAAUGAAAGCCGGGCCUGGGAGAAGGUGGGCGAGUGGGAGAACCAUACGCUGACCCACAAGUACUCCGUGUGGCCCCGCUUCAACUCCUUCAACGACAGCGACCCGGACCACAACCACCUCAGCAUCGUCACCCUGGAGGAGGCUCCCUUCGUCAUCGUGGAGGACAUGGACCCCCUGACGGAGACCUGCGUGAAGAACACUGUCCCCUGCCGGAAAUUCGUCGUCAUCAACAACAUCACCAAAGAAGGGAAGAACCUGAAGAAAUGUUGCAAAGGCUUCUGCAUCGACAUCCUGAAGAAGCUCUCCAGGACCAUCAAGUUCACCUACGAUCUCUACCUGGUGAUCAACGGGAAGCACGGGAAGAAGAUCAAUAACGAGUGGAACGGGAUGAUUGGGGAGGUGGUCAAAAAGCAGGCCGUGAUGGCGGUCGGGUCCCUGACCAUCAACGGGGAGCGCUCGGAGGUGGUGGAUUUUUCGGUGCCCUUUGUGGAAACUGGGAUUAGCGUCAUGGUCUCACGGAGUAACGGCACCGUUUCUCCCUCUGCUUUCUUAGAGCCCUUCAGCGCCUCUGUCUGGGUGAUGAUGUUCGUCAUGCUGCUGGUCGUGUCGGCCAUCGCCGUCUUCAUCUUCGAGUACUUCAGCCCGGUGGGCUACAACCGCAACCUGGCCCAGGGGAAAGACGCUCACGGGCCCUCCUUCACCAUCGGGAAGGCCGUGUGGCUCCUGUGGGGCCUGGUGUUCAACAACUCCGUGCCGGUGCAGAACCCGAAAGGCACCACCAGCAAAAUCAUGGUCUCGGUCUGGGCCUUCUUCGCGGUCAUCUUCUUGGCCAGCUACACGGCCAACCUGGCGGCCUUCAUGAUCCAGGAGGAGUUUGUCGACCAGGUCACAGGGCUGAGCGAUAAGAAGUUCCAGCAGCCCUACGCCUACUCCCCUCCUUUCCGGUUCGGGACCGUCCCCAACGGCAGCACCGAGAGGAACAUCCGCAACAACUACAAGGAGAUGCACGCUUACAUGGUGAAGUACAACCAGAAGGGAGUGGAGGAUGCCUUGGUCAGCUUGAAAACCGGGAAGCUGGAUGCUUUCAUCUACGACGCGGCAGUGCUGAACUACAAAGCCGGGCGGGACGAAGGCUGCAAGCUGGUGACCAUCGGCAGCGGCUACAUCUUCGCCACCACGGGAUACGGCAUCGCGCUGCAGAAGGGCUCCCCCUGGAAGAGGGCCAUCGACCUGGCGCUGCUGCAGUUUGUGGGGGACGGGGAAAUGGAAGAGCUGGAGACCCUCUGGCUGACCGGCAUUUGCCACAACGAGAAGAACGAGGUCAUGAGCAGCCAGCUGGACAUCGACAACAUGGCGGGCGUGUUCUACAUGCUGGCCGCCGCCAUGGGGCUCAGCCUGAUCACCUUCGUGUGGGAGCACCUGUUUUACUGGAAGCUCCGCUUCUGCUUCACCGGGAUGUGCUCCGACCGCCCGGGGCUGCUCUUCUCCAUCAGCAGGGGCAUCUACAGCUGCAUCCAUGGGGUCCACAUUGAGGAGAAGAAAAAGUCUCCCCACUUCACCCUGACCAGUUCUCAGACCAACAUGCUGAAGCUCCUGCAGACGGCCAAGAAUAUGACCAGCGUGAACCCCGGGCGGAUCAGUUCCCCGCAAAGAGCAGCCGAAUUCAUCCGCCGUGGAUCGUUGAUGAUGGACCUGAUGAUGGAAAAGGGCAGCUUCAUCUUCUCGGACAACAACCACCCUCUGACCCCCAAGGAAAACAUCUUCAGCGACAACGCGAACGAGCUGCAGGCCUUUCCCGCUACCCGCCACCCGGAUAACCUCAACAACUACGUCUUCCAAGGGCCGCACCCCCUGACGCUGCACGAGUCCAACCCCAACACGGUGGAGGUGGCCAUGGCGGCUGAGGCCAAGGAGAACUCCCGCCCGAGGCAGCUGUGGAGGAAAUCGCUGGAAUCUCUGCGCCAAGACUCCCUCCGGCAGAGUCACGGUUCUCAGAGGGACGACGGCACGGGGGGAAACCGGCGGCACUCCCUAAAAGGCCCCAGGUACCUCCCUGAAGACGUCCACUCGGAUGUCUCCGACACCUCCAGCAGAGCCGCCGGCCACGCGGAGGAGGAGAGGAACAGCAAGCCCCCCAAGACCAAGGAGAAUGCCAAGAAGAGGCCCGCAUCAAAAUAUCCCAAGGAUUGCAGCGAGGUGGAGCUGACCUACCUGAAGAGCAAGCAAUCUUUACCCCGGGACAAAAUCUACAUCAUUGAGGCGGACAAACAGCACAGUUUCCACCUCGAUGUUCCCCCGGAGUACGUGGAGAACAUCAUCCUUCCUGAGCCGGCCGACUUUUCCAACCUUUAUCAGGACCGCAACGAUAGCUACCGGCCCCCCGAGCAGAGCAACCAGAUCCCCUUGAGCAAUGAGGAAAGUCUUCCAAGUAACGGCCAGUACAAGCUCUACCCAAAGCACUACGGCACGAAGGACAAGAACGUGGCCUACGGUGAAGCCAACGAGCGAUACCGCCAGAAGGCCACGCACUGCCGGAGCUGCCUGACCAGCCUGCCCAGUUACGCCGGGCACUACUUAAGCCGGUCACCCUACCGGUGCGGCGCCUGCGUGCGGAUGGGCAGCCUGUACGACAUCGAGGAGGGCCAGAUGCUGCAGAGCCCCGCCAACUCCGGGCCCCGGGAAGAACCGUGCCAGCAGGACUGGGCCCCGGAGGAGAAGAGCCAGCCGCCCCGCAAGAGUAAGCUGCAAAUCAGCAGGCAGCGCUCCUUCGACAACCUCUUCAAUAAGCACCGGGACGGCAACGGGGGCAGAACGGCCCGCAGCAUCAGCCUGAAAGAGAAGGAGAGGCUUCUGGAAGGGGGCCCCUAUGCCACCCUCUUCAGGGCCCCCCAAAGCAAACACUCGAGCGGCAAGCUCCCGCUCUUCUCACGCACGUUGGACGACGGCAAGAGGAUCAAGUCGCUGUACCUGGAGUGCUCGGCCGAGAACCCUUUUCUGCGGUCUUACUGUGACGACCAGCACUUGGUCCUGGCACCCAGUCCCACCAGCCUGCACAGACAGCCGGCCUAUGACAGCGUCUCCAGGUCGUCGGUCAAAUCAGCGGCCUCGUACUGUUCCAGAGAUGGCCGGGUCCACAACGACGCGUGCGUUUCGGAGCACGGGAUGCCUUACGCGGCCACUCAGAACAGCCUGUACUCUGCUCCACGAGGGCUGAACUCCUGCAGCGACCGACGGGUCUACAAGAAGAUCCCCAGCCUGGAGUCGGACGUGUAGCACUGACCUCCAGGGGGACGUAGUUGCCGCAGGCCAAAGGGGGCGGCCCUUAGCAGAGCGUUGGAGGAGGGGGAAGAGAGCGGUUGCCUUGCGUAGAUCCCAUUCCCAUGCGCUUAGUUCCACCAGAAAGAAGGAGCAGGAAGAGGCCGUGGGAAGGGACAGCCCACUCCCCAGGGACCACUGCACGGACUACACUAUCCAUAGUUCUGUCUCCUCCGUCCCCCCCCCUGUCAAUUAAGUUUGGCGAAAAAUCUCUUCUGUCCCAAGUAGAGUUCCAAUUCUUGACCCAAAGGAAUAGCCAUGCAAAGGAAGGCCGAUCUGUAGAGCAGAUUCGCCCCCCACCCCCAGGACACGCGUGGCCACCGUGGAUGGUCACUGCACUGGGAAACAGCUGCGCCCCCUGUUGGCAACAGUGUUGUUUUUCUACCAGGAUGGUUCUUUUGCCCCCUGUCGGUCGGACUCCGUCCUCCUAGCACUUUCGCCCCCUGUAAUUCUGCCCUCCCAAGAUUUUAUUUUUUAACAGAGAAUAAGCAAUAUGGUAUAUGCAUGUACUUUGACACAGAACAAAAGCUAAAACAAAACAAAAAGCAAGUUUAAGAAUGCGUUUGCACACUUACCGUGGUAAGACUCAUCCAAGAGAUUAGAAAGAUAGUCUUUUUUUACAAACAACUAUAUAUCGCUAUAGCUCUAUGAUUUAGCCUCAUAUUUAUUUUUAAACACA